GGGUGAAAGGUUACACCGCAGGCAGGAGACGCAGGUAGAGGGAGAACUAGAGGUGAGCGGCUGUGUCUAGAUCGCUCUAACCAUGUUGACAGUCCCAUGGUUCGUUACUCAGACUGUUAAAGAUUUGUUCCGGAUUCAAACCCCUCGUCUAAGCAAUCAAGAUGACACUGAGGAUCCCGGGCCUGUACCAGAGCCUGUGGCACCAGAUGUGGGUCAGCCCGUGGAGGCUGAGGUCACACAGACUCGUGUAGCACACAGUCAGACCCAGGGCAAACAAGCCGUUAGCACCACACCCCAGGUAGCAGCGCCAGCCAGUGGAGGGAAAAUGAGCGUCGAAUGGGUGAAACAACAAGUAGAGAAGUUUAAGUUCGACUUCGAUGAAGCUGACACGGAUAAAAGUGGCUCGCUGUCUUUUGAUGAGGUCCUUCAAGUCUUGAGGAAAUCUGGUUUCAAGGGAUCGGAAGACGAGGCUCAGGUACCACCAGAAAGAGAAGCCUACAUUCCAUAUCUAGCCAACUACAUGAUAUUUUCAAUUGUGGAUUACAAUAUUGCUAGGAAAAGUUUCUAUAUAAUUAAAACUAAACAUGUGCCCCAGCGUAGGAUGAAAGUGACUCACGCGCUUAGAGUAGGUGUGGAGGGAACACAG